AAUUACUGCUUGAAGAAGUUUGAGUUAAAUUAUUUAGUUUUAUGUUUUAAGUUUCCAUGUUAAUAAAAAUGUUAAUAAAAUUUAUAAUGCUUGGCAGCGCAAUUUUUUGUGCAAAAAUCUUGUAUUUUACAUUAUUACAACACUGUAAAACAACUGAAAGAAAAAAAGAAAAGGAAAUUGAUGAAAAAAUGUGCACAGAUAAAUUAGAAGAUACAAUAAAUGAUCAAAAAAGAAAUCCACCGAGAAAACCACCUCGCGUAUUUACAUUGAUACCACCUAUAGAAAGAAAUAAUAAUUCAAAAAAUAGUUUACAGGAUACUAUUUUGAAUAAUGUACAUUUUGAAACAUUGGCCAAUGACGACUAUAUAAGGUCAAAAGGUUAUAAGGUUAAAGGUUCCAAUCAAGGAAGAGUUCAGAUUGAAAGUCAUUCUAAUGAUGCCUUGCUUAUCAACAAUAAACCACAGGAACAAAAACCAUGUGAAAUCAGUACUGAUGAAAUCAGUACUGUAGAAAUCAGUACUGAUUUAUCAAAAUCAGCAUCGCAAACAGAAUUAAUAAAAUUGCUACAAUUAAGAAUCCUCGUGACGAAUUCGUCGGGAUCUAGAAAUUCGCAAUAUUCUAACACUAGCAAAAUGAUUACUAAUGAAACCCAGUUUAUGGAUUUACCAAAAAUGAUGUGCACAGAAGAUUUGCUAAAAAGGAUGUCCACAGAAUUAGGAAAAAAUAUAAUUUCUCCAUUAACAUCCACAAAAAUAGGAUCAAAAAAAUUAAUAUUUCACAAAUUACGUAAGUAUUUUAUAGGAAAACUUCAUUUAAUCUUCAACCAAAUUAAAAAUAAAUAA